GAGGCAACAGCGGGUUAGCCGAAGCGAGCUCCCUCCCCCCUCCACCCCCGGCUCGUGAUAAUUCGGUCCGUGUCUUCGUCUUAAUUUAGCACCGACGUGUUAUUUCCUUGGAGCUCUAGAAUGGUCUCAUGGACUAAUUGGUUUCAGCAGCAAUGGAGCACAGUGAGUUGUUUCACUGCGUGUCAAGACAAUGGUUCGUUCUGAAACUUGUCUGAAGAGGUUCAAAGUAGCAUCUAGAUGUGACAUUGUCACAGGAGGACAGGCAACAAGACGGCUGCCUGUUGCCCUGCAGUUUGAAGGGGGACUGCAUGGCCAGCAGCCCUCACUGAAGAGGUGACCAUGAGUAUCCCACUGGUUCCAAAGAAACCCUGUUUCAGUCAGUUGCGAGAGCACCAAGAGCGGGCAAAAAACAAUAACGAGAGCAUGCUAAGCACUGGAGAUACAAAUGCCAAUCAAAUCAUGUUGGAGGUCAGCUCCCCGCAUGAUGAGCCUGGGACACAUGAUCUGGAUGAUGGAAUUGGAAAUGCAAAUAUAAGCAGGCCACAGUACCACAGCCACUCCCAGAAGGAGCCCCCUCAACCUCAGGGCUUUGGGAAAGGGGCUCAGGCUGCCUCUACCAGCCAGAGGGAUUUUCAUCCUUCUCUGGCUGUUCAUAGACAACUGAGUGAAGAACACACAGUGAAAAGAGCUAUCCUGCAGACCCCCCAGGGUGUUCAGGAACCAGGCUUAGCCAGCUGGAGGAAUGCAGUGGGUCAGGCCAGUCCGGAGGGUUCGGCUAAAAGGGGAGCUGAAGUUCCCCGGCACAUUCCCAAGGACAAACUGGCGAAGACCCUUGACAACGAAGAGCUGAAAAGAGCCAGCAGCUCAGCAAUUGCAGCUGGCGGUCUCAUUCGGGAGAAUCUGCAGGCCGUGCGGCUGGGCACCUCAGAGCCACAGGGCCUUGUGUCUGGGCGUGGGGAGGGGCCCCAGGGGACAUUGACUGGUCACGCUCCGGGGACAGUUUUAUCUCUAGGGGAGAAUACCUCAGAGGGGAGGUGUGUACGUCCUCCUAAACCAUCUACCUCAGAAGCCAGGGGGUCCAUCCCAUCAGACACCAAGAUGGAAGGGACGCAGGGCCUGGACGUUUACAGCGAGUGUAUCGCUCACCCAGAAUGGACUCCCAAUUCAGCUUCAGCACUGAAGGUAAUUCCCAGCCCCAGUCACCCAGAAGUGUGCAAGGGUCAAGGAACAGGGGAGCUCAAAGUGGAGCGCAAAUAUCUGCAGCCCAGGAAUGAGCAGGGGCUAAAGUCAGCCCAGGCACAGGGGCUGGGAUGUCAUGAGGAGAAAAGCAUGUCACCUGUGGAGAGGAAGGAGCUACAGGAGAAGACACAUCAAGAAGCCACGAGCCAACUGAACAGUAGCCACCACCAGCUUGGAGUAGAAGAAGGCAGCGGCCUGGAAGAAGUGAUGGGAGUCAGUGCCGGUGUGGAGGGGUUUCAGCAAGCCACCCCGGCGCAGAACACUGCUCCUGGAGAGGGAGGUACUAGACUUACUGGUAACACAUCACCAGGCCCUGGAGGUAGGAGGGUUAGGGAAACAGCAUCCAGUGACUUUGUACCUAGUGAUGGUCGCAUAGCUUGUGUUCUCCGUGAUACGACUGAGAGCAUUUCCUCCGAGGUCAGUAGGGAGGAGAGGAGGCAGGGUAGCCAGAACACAGACAGUGUCAAGGCAUUGACCACAGGUCCCUCUGUGGGAGGGAACAGAGGUGAGGACCCUGAGCUCUUGGGCCCUCACAGUGGCAACUCAGAAGCCAGGAAAGGCAGAGAGACAGCGACACCUGUAGCUGAAGACGGGAACCUUCUAGAAAGCGCAGCCCAAACCGAAGGCACUCCAGCUGGAGGAGAUUCAGUUUUCAGCACCCCAGCCCCCCUCCACCCAGAGACAACUGUGAACUUGACUCACCACCCCACUCCUCAAGGUAGUAGUUCUCAGUUCAGCGUGGACGCGGGGUCACCCUCGAUGGCCUUGUCCCCCACUGAUGAUGGGCAGGUGUUGAACACGUCCCUGAAAGUGCCCGACAGGAGCACCUGCCCCAGUGGGAUCCCCAAGCCUCCUUCACAUCCCAAGGACACACCCUCCUCGCAGGAAGCAACCGAGAAACUGGAGACGGAGAAAGUGGAAGAAAGAACAGAGACAAAGCCAGUCCUUAUGCCGAAGCCCAAACACGUGAGGCCCAAGAUCAUCACUUACAUCCGUAGGAACCCCCAGGCACUGGGUCAGGGGGAUGCCUCACUGGUCCCCGUGGGGCUUCCGUAUGCCCCUCCUGCAUGUGGCAUGCCUCUUCCACAAGAGGAGAAGACAGCCAACCGUGACCUCCAGCCACCUGCCAACAUGUACGAGAAAUUCAAGCCUGAUUUGCAGAAGCCGAGGGUCUUCCCCUCUGGACUGAUGGUGUCUGGGAUCAAGCCCCCAGGGCAUCAUUUCAGUCAGAUGAGUGAGAAGUUUCUGCAGGAGGUCACGGACCACCCUGGGAAAGAAGAAUUUUGCUCACCUCCUUACACUCAUUAUGAAGUGCCCCCCACUUUCUAUCGCUCCGCCAUGCUCCUUAAGCCCCAGUUGGGAUUGGGGGCAAUGUCACGUCUCCCAUCCACCAAGAGCAGGAUUCUGAUUGCAAGUCAGAGGUCAUCAGCCAGUGCCAUCCAUCCACCCGGACCAAUAACAACAGCUGCUAGUUUCUACGGUUCUGAUCCUUCAGUAUCCACUGAGGCCAGCAGAGGACAUCAGACUCUCCUGGAGUUAACAGACCAUUAUCUCAAGAAAGCCUCCAAUUCAAAUGCUGCAAAAUCCAGUCUACCAAAAUCUGGGCUCCGUCCUCCUGGUUACUCACGUCUCCCAGCAGCCAAGCUGGCGGCCUUCGGCUUCGUGAGGAGCUCCAGUGUCUCUGCAGUGCCCAGCACCCAGUCCCUGGACAGUGUGCAGCCAGAGCAGAGCCGGCCAGCGACCCGUUCAGCCUUUGGGAAUGAAGAGCAGCCACCUCUGAAGCCUGUUCCACCUUCAAAGGACACACCCAAGGGAGCUGGCCGGGCGGCCCCUGCACCUUCCUCCAAUGCAGCAACACCACGCAGGAGUUUACUUCCGGCACCAAAAUCCACUUCCAUGCCUGCUGGAACGAAGAAAGAAGCACAGAAAGACGCAGAUGCUAACAAGCCUGCUGUGUCGUCUCCCAAGAGAACAGCCGCCUCCUCCACCAAGCUUCACUCACCAGGGUACCCAAAGCAGAGAACCACUGCUUCUCGAAAUGGGAUCACACCCAAGCCUGACCUGCAGGCCCGCGAGGCAGAGCGACAGCUGGCCCAGCGACUAAGGGACAAGUGUGAGUGGCAGGCCAGGCAACUGGGCCUGGCUCGAGAGGAGCUGAAGAGGGCCAUCCAUGGCUUCGACGCCCUGGCUGUGUCUACUCAGCAUUUCUUUGGAAAGAGUGAAAGUGCCCUUGCGAAAGAAAAAGAGCUGUCAAUCGAACUUGCAAACAUCAGAGAUGAAGUGGCCUUCAACACCGCCAAGUGUGAGAAACUGCAGAAGGAGAAGGAGGCGCUGGAGAGGCGGUUCGAGGAGGAGCUGAGGAGGCUGGGCUGGCAGCAGCAGGCCGAGGUGCAGGAGCUGCAGGAGCGGCUCCAACAACAGUUCCAGGCGGAGAGCGCGCACCUGCAGGCGGAGCACCAGGACCAGCUGCUGCGCAUGCGCUGCCAGCACCAGGAGCAGGUGGAAGACAUCACUGCCAGCCAUGAGGCUGCUCUGCUGGAGAUGGAAAACAACCACACAGUUGCCAUCACGAUCCUGCAGGAUGACCACGACCACAAAGUUCAAGAACUGAUGGCCACCCAUGAAUUUGAGAAGAAGGAAUUGGAAGAAAACUUUGAAAAACUGCGGCUGUCGUUACAGGACCAGGUGGACACGCUGACUUUUCAGAGCCAGUCUCUGCGGGACAGAGCCCAGCGCUUUGAGGAAGCGCUAAGGAAAACCACGGAGGAACAGCUGGAGCUUGCCCUGGCUCCCUAUCAGCACCUGGAAGAAGACAUGCAGAGCCUGAAGCAGGUGCUGGAGAUGAAGAACCAGCAAAUCCACCUGCAGGAGAAGAAGAUCAUAGAGCUGGAAAAGCUGGUGGAGAAGAAUAUCAUCCUGGAAGAAAAGAUCCAAGUUCUCCAGCAGCAGAACGAAGACCUCAAGGCCAGGAUUGACCAGAACACGGUUGUCACCAGACAACUGUCGGAGGAAAAUGCUAAUCUCCAGGAAUACGUGGAGAAAGAGACCCAGGAAAAGAAGAGACUGAGCAGAACCAAUGAAGAACUACUUUGGAAGCUCCAAACCGGGGACCCAACCAGCCCGAUUAAAUUGUCCCCGACAUCCCCGGUAUACAGAGGCUCUUCCUCUGGACCCUCCUCUCCAGCCAGAGUCAGCACCACACCUAGAUGACAUCGCUUUGCCACCCACAGGAGCUCAGGCUUCUGUCCAUCGGAGGGAGUGCUGGCCAGGUGCUGGGGACCGCCCAGUGCGCAUGCUCAGUAGCUGCAUCUACAUCUUAGCGGCGUCCUCUCUGACCCCUGUGUGAGACCGUCCUGGUAUUGGCACUUAGAAAGGUGUAGGCAGCAGAUUCCUGUGUCCAAAAAUGUUUUAGUGUAGUUAGAGGCAAAAGCGAACUCCAAAUGUUCUUGAGCGUUGAACUUUCACAGCAAAAGUGUAGGUCAGUUGCAAACAGCUCCGUUUUGAAUACACAAAACCCUCCUUAUCCUGUGUGGGUAUAUUCAGACAUGUGGAUAUACACAUGUGGCGAUUCUGAAUUGCAUUUUUUAUAACAUGAUGUGCUGACAUAUUUUAGUGAUGGUCAGCAGUUUUCUAAGUUGUGUCUAAGAAUUAUUGGGAAAUGAAAAUGCAUUUCUAUCUAGUUUCCUGAAAAUAUUUCUACCCAAAAUAGAGAAGAAAAAAUGGAAAAAAAAAAGAUAGAAGCACGUCUAUCUGCCGCCAAGUGGUACCCUGCUUAACAUAAACACCAGCGAUUUGUAGAUGGUAACUGCCUUUGGAGCAAUUAGCUUCUUAGUGGGGUCCCUGUUACCCCAUUGCAAGAUUUAAUUAUGACCCUUCCCAUCCUGAGAGGAUGAAAUGUAGCAGGGGAAACACUGAGGAGUCCAGUGGUUUGGCCCAUGUUUUUCCCCUUAGUGAUACACUACAGUUUUGAAAACACAAAUUUAGCUUCCCCUCCACACCCUAAACAGCAUCUUGGAGUUCAUCAUCAAGCUAUGAUCGCAUCCUCAGGAAGACACGGAGGAGUGUGACCUUUGUAGUGAAGAUGAGCUUGAACUUGGAGAAAGGCUAUACCAUGCAUGGUCCAUCCUAAUGAUGAAGGAAGAAUGCUGGUAGGGGCCAUGUUUGAGCAGGCCCAGAAUAAGGACGUGUCUUCCGGUCAUUGCCCUUCGCAGGCAACACUCCCCAUCUUUAGUUUGGUUCUUUGACUCAGCCCCACCACCACACAUCAAGAUGGCUCAGGGGUUCUAGUCAGGGCUUCCAGAAACCAACCUUUCUGUCUCGGGUGGCGGGGAGUCAGUUCUAAAGGUGCUAGAUCAUGUCCUUUCUGAUGGAGGGUCACCAGGGCUACACCCGGCUGUGGUCCCAUCUUAACCCCGGAAGGCUCUCCCAAAUAAGGAAGGCCAGUGUAACAGCCAGCCAGUGGCCAGCAGCUGCUGGACUGGUCUUUGUCUCUAAGAUGGUAGAAUUAGAACAUGAAAGGUAUUCAUGUAGUGCUAUGGAAGAUUAGAAGCAUGACCCACAGAAGAGAAGUAGUUGUAUCAGUCAAUACAGUGGUGAUAAUGAUACCUUUGUUUCCUUAUGUGACAAAGACCCUUCACUUCCUAAGCAUGGGCCAGUCUGAGCAUGCCCUAGAUGAGAAGAGCCAUUGAACCAGGAAGAAACAGCCUGGGGAUGGUGUCAGCUUGUCCUGUGGCUCCAAGUUGGGCUUCCUGAUUUCAGGUGCAUCUGACUGUAGUCAACCUCCGUGGGUCUUGCCCAUUCUGGAGACGUACGCAGUAGAUGCACAUCAAAGAAACAGGUCUUCUUCCUUUGGCUCUGCAUGAUACUGGGAUACCAAGUUGGGCAUUCCAUAAGAGUAGCUCAUGCCUGUCAGUUCAAUGCACAGUUCUUAAUUCUUAUAGCAGGCGCGACCUGCAGACAUAAGUUGGGUGGCUGCUUAGCUCUCCGAAUUAGGACCUGCCUCCACAGGUGUACCUGCUGAUGGUGGGUACUCAGCAAUACAGACUUUGAUGUGAGCAUAGAAUGUGGUACAGUAUGUUAGGCUGUUGUGGUCCAAGUGGUAGCAGUGUUAGAACUAUGUACCCUCGUUAGGUGGACUAGAGCUUUGCCCCUAUCAGCCUCGACCUUGGGUACUUGAACAAACUUCCCCAUGGCCCUGGCUUUGUUUCUCCAUCACAGACACCUCUCACGUACGGUGCCCCACUUGAAUUGAGUCCUGAGAUCUGGGUGGCCAGAGCUGCUGCGCCUCUUCCAUGAUCCUUCUGUCUCCAUGCUGCUAUGACCUGGACCUCUCAGCGUGGGAAUCUGUGUCUGUCCUCAUCCCUAGGCUGGGACACUGCAUCCUCCCCUCCUGCCACAGAAGGACCUGUCAAACACUCCUAGGGUCUUUAUGGAGUUAGGAGGUCCUGCUGGCCUACUCCCACUCACUCGCCAUGGGCUGGGAACAGGUAGUGGUGACGUCAGGAUGGGGGUGUGGCUUGGGGUCCAGUACUCUGGGAUUAGCUGAAGGGGCACAAUGUUCUUUUUCUUGCCCCUCCAGUUUCUGUGUUCUAUAUUUGUGUUGAACUCUAAAGCUUAUUAAAACAAACCUGAGAGAUUUUCCAUGA